AUGGGAAGGUUUUGUGCUUUCAAUUUAUCGAAAAUAUAUCCAGCUGUUUGUGCUUUACAACUUCAUAUUGAAGAUCAUCAAUGUGUAACUUACAAAUAUAUAGACAAUUUAUCUUCUGUUAUUGAGAAUGAAAAUAAGAGAAAAACUAUGUUAGCUGAGUUUUUCCGAAAAACAUGGUUACCUAGAAACAAGCAAAUUGUUGUAGGACGAAUUAUCUUGGUAAAUCCAUCUGAAAGAGAACGAUAUUUUCUUCGUCUUCUUCUUAAUCAUAUUAGAGGUCCAACAUCAUUUGAUGAUUUAAUGAUUUUCAAUGGGGUAAAUGUUGGUACAUUUCGUGAAGCUGCGCUUCUCUAUGAUUUAUUAAAUGGAAAUACUCGUUGUGAAAAAUGUUUAUCUGAAACUAUUAUUUACGAAAUGCCUUAUUCUUUAAGACUUCUUUUUGCUACGCUUCGUACAAUGUGCAAUCCAAAUAAUCCUAAAUUACUGUGGGAUAAAUUUAAGCCUUAUAUGACGGAUGAUUAUGUAAAUAAAAAUAUGCUCGCUGAAGUUGUCGAAGUACGAGCUUUAGAGGAUAUAAUUUCUAUUUUAGAAUCACUUGGUAAAAAUAUAAACGAUUAUGAAUUGUGUCAUUUAACGUAA